GGCGACUGUCAGAGCCUGACCGCGAUUUAAAAUCUGAAAGUGAUCUGCUCCAGCAAUAGAAGAUGGAUCGAGCCACCAGAAAGGAUUUAUUGGAAACGAUAGAGAAACAGAAAGAUCAGAUAGCUAGGUAUGAGAAGAGAUUAAGAGAUGUGGUAUAUGCUUACAAAAGUCUCUGUACGGAGAAAGAAGCUCUAGAAGCCAGUGUACAAAUACUGAGUCAAAAACAAAGACAAGAAACCAUCAAUGUUGUUAAAGAAAAUGAAGAUGAGAACAACGGUAGUGAGGAUGAUGACAACAAAUGUGAUGAUCCCUUACAAGCUGAUGCACAGGCUUCAUCUGCCAGCUCUGAAAACAAAAAUACCAAUAGUCUACAGUUAUCAACAAUCACAAAUGCCUUAGCAACUGUCUCAGCUGAAAAAUCAAAGAUGGAGCAAAAUUUCCAAGCAGAUAAGAAAAAAAUGCGU